AUGUUUUUUGUGGGUUUAACGGGGGGCAUAGCAUCGGGAAAAUCAACGGUAACUAAAUUAUUUAUCGAUAAUAACGUUCCCGUUAUCGAUGCAGAUACGAUAGCUAGGCAAGUUGUUGAACCUGGGAAAAAAGCUUGGAAAAAAUUAAAAAAAGAAUUUGGUGAAGAUAUUUUUUUUAAAGAUGGAACAUUAAAUAGAGCUCUAUUGGGAAAAAUAAUAUUUGAAAAUGUCGAAAAAAGGAAAAAAUUAAAUUACAUAACACAUCCAGAAAUAAUUAAACAAAUGAUUAUAUCAGCUGUCAAAUUAGGAUUUCAAGGUCAUCCUUUUGUUGUGUUAGACAUUCCAUUAUUGUUCGAAACAGGAGAAUUAGUACAAUUAAUGCAUAAGAUAAUUGUAGUGUCUUGUACCGAAAAGUUACAAAUAGAAAGACUUUGCAUGAGAAAUAAUUUAACAGAAGAGGAAGCCAAAUUAAGGAUUUCGUCUCAAAUGUCACUCGAUGAAAAAUGUCAAAGAGCCGAUUAUGUCAUUGACAAUUCUUCUUCGUUUGAAGAAACUAUAACAUUUCGAGAUAAAUAA